AUGGAUAAAGACAGAUGCGCUCACAUGGCACCAAACGAGCGACCAUCGAGAGUCUUGUUGAAGAAAGAAAUCAACAUGUCUAUGUUUCACGAUAUGUCGGAAGACCCAUCGAAAAGGAUAAGAUGGAACCAGAGAGCGUCAUUGAGCGUCAGGACCAAUGACCAGACGCGCCGGACCCAGGCUCUGACCGGCUUCCAUCAUGGCCGACACAUGUCGAAACGUGCCAUGAUUGGCCUGCCAAAGAUGAUCCUUGCACCUCGUAUAUAG